AUGAACCGCCUUCUGCAGCUGCUGCCGUGCGUGCUGAUUACCGGCCGCGGCUUUCCCGAUUUUUGCACAAGAGAUUUAUUGGGGCAUUUGUGUCAGUCGCUGCAGCUGGAGGCUGCCUUUGUGGGCGACUGGGACCCCCACGGCAUUUACAUUUACCUGACCUACAAAUACGGGGGCCGCCCCAGCAGCAGCAGCAGCAGCAGCAGCAGCAGCAGCAGCAGCAGCAGCAGCAGCAGCGGCUGCAGCAGCCUGCGGUGGCUGGGGCUGCUGCAUGCAGACGCUGCUGCUGUGCCCGCGAGCGCUUUGCUGCCGCUGGAAAAAAGAGAUAAGGCGCUGCUGGCCAGUUUGCUGCAGCACCCCGGAGUAGCAGCAAAUGAAAAAAUAAAAAGUGAAUGCAAAUUAAUGAAAGAGAAAAACUGCAAGUGCGAAGUGGAGGCGCUGGAGUGUACAGACACCUCGGAGCUGCAGCGAGUCAUCACCACCCGCGCCCUCCGGAGGCUUUGGCUGGAGUGA